ACCACACAUGCUCGAUCGUUCUCACUUUGCGCCAUCAUGGCUGCGACCAUCGCCAUAGCACCUCGCCCACCGGCGCGUACUCCAGCUCGCAGCCCUCGCGCGCGCUCAUACACGGGGGUCAGCAGCGAGCCACCCCACAAGAAGCGAAAGUAUAUCGCUGGCGGGCCAGGCGGUGGUGGCCGCUGGGUGGACGCAGAGGGCAACGAGAUCACCGAUCCCGCACUCAUCCCACCUCCAGUGCGAUCUGUGCCCAGGUCGAGAUCGGCACGUCAGCGGAGUGAGGCGGCUGGCGAAGCACCACGGGAAGACGGCGAGGAGGCGCCUGCACCACCGAGAUCUACCGCUCUCACCAGGCCACAGCGAGAACGGGAGCCAACGCGCAGAUAUGCGCCCCAGCCAACCACGCCACGACCGCGGUACAGCAAUGCGGCUGCCGCGGCGGCGGCGAGUCAGGCGAGUGACGGCUAUAAGCCGAGAGAAGAGCGCAGUUGGGAGGACUUCCAUCCGGAGCUGGAUAUAGAAGCAAAGCUAUUCCUCUUCACUGCAGAUGAAGUAGACGGACGCACACCUCGUCACGACUUCAAGCAGCCACUUCUGCAUUCAGCAAGCACACUUGGCGAGGAGAAGCCGGUCAUUAACGGGGAUAUUGAUAUGCGAGAUGCUGCAGCAGAGACUGAAGAGCUCCUUCCGCUCGCAUUAACGCCGUCGAGACGGAAGCCUGGACGUCCGCCACGAAGACCUGAGUCUAUGCUUACGGGACUUGGAUCUCCGCCUGCGCCGCGAAUCGUACCUCUGCCGACACACAACCCGAAGGAGCGUCUAAAUCUGCCAAAGCCAUCUUUCAAGCAGUACAAUCACUUCCUACAGUACGAAGAAGACGCACGAGAGAACAAAGUCAAUUACGUCGACCGCUCGAUGUCCCAUAUUGGCUAUCAGGAAACUGAUCGCUACGAGCUGCCGCCCAAAGUCCUGAUCCGCCUCUCCGAAGCGCAACAAGUGGAGGACGAAGCAGAAGUCAGCCUCCGACUCGAAAGUGACGGCCCAGCCGAAGUCCCACAAACUGCACCAGUGGUCGGCAGAGUCGAAUACGACAUGGAUGAGCAGGACGUAGCCUGGCUGGACGAGCUGAACGAGCAACGACGUACUGAAGGCGUCGACGCCAUCAAACCCGCCAUCUUCGAAAUCACCAUGACACAGAUCGAGAAAGAGUACCACGCUCUCGAGAAACGGAUCCCCAAACCGCAGCCUCGGCACGCUCAAACGCAUAGGCCUCGUUCGAGCUCCCAGGCAGCCGUCAACGGCGACCCGAACCCACCCGGCGAUGAGCCCGAUAGCAAAUGCUCCAUCUGUGAUGAUGGAGACUGUGAGAAUGCUAACGCCAUCAUCUUUUGCGAUGGGUGUGAUCUAGCAGUGCACCAAGAAUGCUACGGCGUUCCCUUCAUCCCGGAAGGCCAGUGGUUCUGCCGGAAAUGCAAGGAGAUUGGCAGAGGUACACCGACGUGCAUUUUCUGCCCUAACGUCGACGGCGCCUUUAAGCAGACCAACACACUACGUUGGAGCCAUUUGCUGUGUGCAAUCUGGAUCCCCGAGGUUACAAUCGCGAACAUGACCUUCAUGGAACCUAUCACGGACGUGGAUAAAGUGCCCAAGGGCCGAUGGAAGUUGAACUGUUACAUCUGCAACCAGCGGAUGGGAGCAUGCAUCCAGUGCGGGAAUAAGAACUGCUACCUUGCCUUCCACGUCACAUGCGCAAGGCGGGCGAAGCUGUUCCUCAAGAUGAAGUCUCAACACCAAGGCGGUAUCGACACAACAGCACUGAAGGCCUUCUGCGACAAACACGUUCCCCCCGACUGGCGCCGCCUCCACGAUACUGACCACGCAAUCAUUGAGGCAAAACGCUGGUACCGCCACGCUUUCCGCGACCGCAAAUGGGCCGACAGCCAAACGGCAGCAUUGGAACUCGGCGCACCCGCACCCCCCGAUGGCGGACUGGUCGGCGCGGACGACAGUUCUAACAUGAUAGCCGGCGACACAAUCGCAGUGACCAAACGCCGCCGUACACUGGCCCCGGCGAAAAUGAGCUGGCGCCUCCCCUCCGGCGCACCCGUUGUCCCCGCCGUCGUCUUCAACACGGUAGACGCGAGUCUAACCCGCUUCACCAUCCGCAAACGCAAGGAAUUCGUGGAGAAAUGCUGUCGCUACUGGACGCUUAAACGCGAGGCCCGCCGUGGCGCGGCGUUGUUGAAGAGGCUGCAGUUGCAGUUGGAAGGUUUCUCGACCAUGGAGGUUACGCGAAGAAAUUUUGUGGGCAUGGGCGCAAUUGGGCGGGUGAGGUUGGUCAGGAGGAUUGAGUUUGCGGGGAUGUUGCAGCAGGAGAUGGGGAGGUUGGGAGAGUUGACGGGACUAGUGAGGAGGAGGGAAGGGGAGAGGUUGAGGGAAGUGGAGGUGCUGAGGGAGUUGAUCGAUACGGUGUAUUUCCCCAUCUCUGCGAUGCUGGGGCCGAUACUGCAGAAGGCUUUCAAGCUCGAUGAGAAAACCCGCACCUUCACCCCCGGCUUCGACGCUAUCGCCCUUCGCCUCCGCGAGCGACAUUACACCUCCGUGCAGGACUUCUCCCGCGAUUUCUCGGUGGUGAUCAGCAAAGUGCUCCUCGCUUACCCUCACCCCACUGCUACUACCUCUUCCGCCGCAGACGAUCACCAACACGAGGCUGCCGUUGACGUUGACGGCGUACAUACGGGUGCGAGCGGCGGGGCAGGCGAAGAUAUCGAAACCAUCCACAACCACCUCCACGAAAUCAAACCCGGCACCGCGGAGCACCAUGCCUUGAGUCAGGAGCAGAAGGAGGUGAAGAAGUUGGCGAAACGCAUCGUCAAAGCCGUCAAGGAAGCACUAGAGGAUGCGCUGAAGAAAGAAGCCGAGCUUAAGGGGCACGAGCAUCUGGACGCGCUGCGCAAAUUGGACGAGAUGGGCAUCUUCGCUUCAGCUAAGAAUGGCGGUGACGUAGGGGUUGGGGAGCGUAAAGAGGAUGAGGAGGUGGAGGCGGAGGCUGCUACUGCAGGUGCGUCGCCUGAUGACCUUGACCGAGAGAGGGUGUGGAGGGAAGAUGUGGAGAUGGUGGACGCUGCUGACGUCGGUCUUGUGGAAGAAGGAGAUACUGCAGCGGUUCCGCUAAGGAAGACCACGCCCGCUUCGCGCGCCUCAAGUGGUCAUGGGGGUCACGCGGUUACUAAGACUACAACGACGAGUGGUAUGCCGAAGCCGACCGAACCGCUUUCCCCACCGAUAUCUACGGACUUACCCUCCGCCAAUCGCCAAACCGAGCACGAAGAGACGACUUAUGCGACGGACGCCUUCGCGCAAGGCGGUGUCCCUUGGUAUCUCGAACCCUUCGACCCGGUGGGGACGACCAUUCACGAGGAGCGGUACAUGGGUCGCGCGGUGCUGAGGGACAUGUCGGAGGAGUUGAGCGAUAUGGACGAGGAUACGCUUACCGAGUUGGCGCCCGGUAAUGGUGAGAUGACGCCUACUGCUAAUGAUGGUGGUGGUGGGAAGGCUGCGGUGACGGCGACCCCAGCGAAGGGUGGUGCGAAGAAGGCGAGUGCGAAGAAGAAGGGGAAGGGAAGGCGGUAUCGGUAGGGGAGUGAUGUUGUUGCUGCUGUAUGGUUGAUUGUCGCACGAACGGACGUUCAGGAAGCGCAUGCAUGUACUGUGACACCAUUAGCCCUUAGAAACGCACCCCUUGCACGGAGCAUGGUCGUACUAAGUAUCCAAGUCCACAAAUUCAUGCCGUGGUGCAC